AUGCCGCACCCGCGUCCGCAGCUACCGACGAGCGCCAAGGAAUCGUGGGACGCCAACUUGGCCGACCUCGCGACGAUCUUGAGUCGAUACAAGCACGAGCUCGAGAAGCUCCUCGAUAGUAACGCUGCUAAGGCGCCGCCAUCGACUCCGACCAAGCAAGUCAUUGCCGCGACGUCCGAGGGCAGGGUCAACGCACCUCCAUGCACCGCCGAGACGAACGAGGCAGCUUGGACCGCCCGUGUCCCUGUCAGCCGUGAUGUAUCCCGCGAUGCACCCGAAUGCAACGUUUUGCCGCUCGAGCACAACAUGUCAGACAGUACGACGACCGAAUGCAAGAUCGAGGAUGCGAUGAUCGCAUCUCCCGGGACAAACGACUUGUUGGCGAUCCCAACUACCGUCCAGAAACCUGCAACCUUUUUAACCGAAAAGUGGUUUAUCUCGGCGCCUCCGAUGCCAACGUCGUCGGAUGCGGCAUCGUUCCGCUUUCGCGUGUUUGAUGCGCCCGUCCCGACAGAGCCGCACGUUUUGUCCCUUGAUUUUGUCCCAAUGUCGCUGGCUCUGCCGGCGGAUGGACGCCGCUGGAACCACACGGUCGCGUCAUCGCUGCGACCACGCUGCGUCGACGAUAGCAUGUGGCCAUUGCCUGCGUCCGUCUCGUCGGGCUACCGUCAAAAGCAAGACCACCUUCUCCACGCAGGGCUGCACCACCGACUGUGGUCGUCGAAAAGCUCCAUUGCUGCAUCCACCACCACGAGUAUCUAAGAAAAAAGAAAAACCCAUACG